AUGUCACGACCGAAGAAUCAAAACUACAAGGGCUACGGAUUGUCAAAGGGAAAAGAACGAGAGCAGAGAGCAUCAAUCCGGUUCAAGACCACUCUUAUGAAUACUCUUAUGGAUGUCCUUCGCCACAGGCCAGGAUGGGUGGAAGUAAAGGACGAAGGGGAGUGGGAUUUCUACUGGUGUGACGUCAGCUGGCUCCGGGAGAACUUCGACCACACCUAUAUGGAUGAACACGUGCGGAUCAGUCACUUCCGAAACCACUACGAGCUGACCCGCAAGAACUACAUGGUGAAGAACCUGAAGCGGUUCCGGAAACAGCUGGAGCGCGAAGCAGGAAAGCUGGAGGCAGCCAAGUGCGACUUCUUCCCCAAAACCUUUGAGAUGCCGUGCGAGUACCACCUGUUUGUGGAGGAGUUUCGUAAAAACCCAGGAAUCACCUGGAUCAUGAAGCCUGUAGCCCGGUCCCAGGGGAAGGGCAUCUUCCUAUUCCGGAGGCUGAAGGACAUCAUGGACUGGAGGAAGGGCACUGCUGGGAAGAAGCUCACCAGCUUGGAGGCCCAGCAGGCCCGGGGUGCUGUCAAUCCCCCUGGCAGCCACGACUCAAAAAGUUCGGAUGACCAGAAAGAAGAAAUUCCUGUGGAGAACUACGUAGCGCAGCGUUAUAUCGAAAACCCCUAUCUGAUAGGAGGCCGCAAGUUUGACCUGCGUGUCUACGUGCUGGUGAUGUCGUACAUCCCCCUGCGGGCCUGGCUGUACCGGGAUGGCUUCGCCCGCUUCUCCAACACCCGCUUCACACUCAGCAGCAUUGAUGACCAGUAUGUGCACCUCACCAAUGUCGCCGUGCAAAAGACGUCCCCUGACUACCACCCAAAGAAGGGCUGCAAAUGGAUGCUCCAGCGCUUCCGACAGUACCUGGCGUCCAAGCACGGGCCAGAAGCAGUGGAAUCGCUCUUCAGUGACAUGGACAACAUCUUCAUCAAGAGCCUGCAGAGUGUGCAGAAGGUGAUCAUCAGUGACAAGCACUGCUUUGAGCUGUACGGCUAUGACAUUCUCAUAGACCAGGACCUCAAGCCAUGGCUCCUGGAGGUCAAUGCGUCCCCAUCGCUGACAGCCAGCAGCCAGGAGGACUAUGAGCUCAAGACCUGCCUCCUGGAAGACACCCUGCACAUCGUGGACAUGGAAGCCAGGCUCACAGGAAGGGAGAAGCGAGUGGGAGGCUUUGACCUCAUGUGGAAUGAUGGCCCUGUCAGCAGAGAAGAGGGGGUUCCCGACUUGUCAGAAAUGGGGAACUUUGUGACCAACACACACCUUGGUUGCAUCAAUGAUCGAAAAAAACAGCUGAGGCAGCUGUUCCGCUCCCUUCAAGGCCAGAAGAAAGGUUCCAGCUAAUACCCAGCCGCUGAGAGGCAAGCGUCCCUGGGAGGUGCCGUGCCGUCCAGUCCUCUCCCCGCUCCGUUGCCAGCACAGCAGCACCUCAGAGCACAUGCCUCCCUCCCUCUGGAUGGGCCACAGCUGCUGCUUGCUGCUUGGGCCGGUCUCCUGGAUUCCCCCACCGACCCCUGGGCAUCUUCGCACCGGGAGACAGCCAAUCCUCUGGACUGGAUGGGUUUUAACCUUGACAGAUUGGCUUUGCGAAUAGGCCCCAAGAGUAAAAACUCAGCAAAUUCGGCUCUCCAGAGAGGUCACGUCUACUAAAUGAGCACAGGCCUUACUCGAAGUUACUGGGCACCAGGCUUGGCUCAGGGAAUGCCGUGGGCUGCAGCGGUGUCCUCCUGGCUUCACCCUUUGAUGUCUCCCAGGAGGUUAGGGUUGUAA